AAACACAUUUUCUUCUCUUUCAGAUCUGCAGCUGUUUUGCACACUAGGGUUUCUCCACCUGUUUUUCUCCGGAAAUAGUGGUUGCCUCAAUGAAGAAAACCAAUGUAUCAGGAAAUGGCAUUAUUGGCGGGGAAAGCAGAGGCCGACUUUACCUCCUUCAGAUUCAAAAAUAUAGAUAACCUGUGUGAGGUACGGACCAGAAAAGGGGUCUUCUAUAAAACAGCUAAGCUGCUUCGUCCCGGUGAGGAGAGAUUUUACAAUGGGCAAGUAGAAGACAGAAUUCGACAUAUCAUUAUCAAUGUAGGUGGCAUCAAGUACUGCAUCCCAUGGACCACUCUCGAAGACUGUCCAUUGACGCGGCUUGGAAAACUAAGAAGCUGUAAUAAUUAUGAUGAAAUAAUGGAUGUGUGUGAUGAUUAUGACAUUAACUGCAAUGAAUUCUUUUUUGAUCGUAACCCAUGUGCCUUUAGGACUAUUAUGACGUUCAUGGCAGCUGGGAAACUGAGGAUACUAAGAGAAAUGUGUGCCCUUUCCUUCCAGGAAGAGCUUAUAUAUUGGGGAAUAGAGGAAGAACAACUGGAAUGGUGCUGCCUUAGAAAACUGCAGCAGAAAGAAGAAGAACUGGCUGAGGCCAAGAUGUAUGAGGAAGAAUUUGGCACCUCCAAGGAAAAUUCCCAAAGUGCCUUGCAGGACAGUGGACGAUUGGCCCAGUGCAUGAAGCAUCUCAGGGACAUGGUUGAGAACCCGCACUCAGGUAUUCCUGGGAAGAUUUUUGCCUGUUUAUCUGUAUCCUUUGUGGCCAUCACAGCAGUCAGCCUCUGUAUCAGCACCAUGCCAGACUUUAGAGAAGAGGAAGACAGGGGUGAAUGUUCGCAGAAGUGCUACAAUAUUUUUGUUCUAGAGACAGUUUGCGUAGCUUGGUUUUCCUUGGAGUUCAUACUACGCUUUAUCCAGGCUGAGAGUAAGUGUGUAUUCCUAAGAACACCACUUAACAUGAUCGACGUGAUGGCCAUCUUGCCUUAUUAUAUCACUCUGAUAGUAGAUUCACUAUCAGGAGAAAAAACUGGAGGAACAGGAAAUAACUACUUGGAAAAGGUGGGACUGGUACUUCGCGUAUUGCGGGCUUUGCGAAUCUUGUAUGUCAUGAGACUAGCAAGGCACUCUCUAGGACUGCAGACCCUUGGACUCACGGUCAGAAGGUGCACCAGAGAAUUUGGGCUACUUCUACUGUUUUUGUGUGUUGCAAUGGCACUGUUUUCUCCUCUAGUAUAUCUUGCAGAGAAUGAGCUAGGUGCCAAACAAGAAUUCACCAGUAUCCCUGGAAGUUACUGGUGGGCAGUAAUCUCCAUGACAACUGUAGGCUAUGGUGACAUGGUUCCUCGAAGCAUCCCAGGACAGGUGGUGGCCCUAAGCAGCAUACUGAGUGGUAUUUUGCUUAUGGCAUUUCCUGUGACGUCCAUAUUUCACACAUUCUCUCGCUCUUACACUGAACUGAAGGAGCAGCAGCAAAGAGCAAGCAGGCAGCUUCACAGACUAGAAGAAAGAGAGUUCACUGGGACUGAGUAAAAUCUCCACCUAAGUUCAGCACCUAAUGGGCCUUUGGUGUUCACAAACAGCAUCAUAGACUGUAGCGACUGGUGGUUUCAUAUAGGCACCAAAAUGUCAAACAUUGAACAAUUUAAACAGUUUAAUUAAACAUUUGUUUCAUUCGCCUUUUGUUGGAUUUUGAGUUGUUAAAUUGUAGGUUGAAACUUGUUAUCCUUUAAUAUAAUUAAAUCGCUAUAUUUGAUUAGGUACUGGAUUCAUAUAAAAGAUAAACCUAAGUGACUUUUUAGUCUCAUUAUUUCCAGUUUUCAUCAGUCAUCUGAGGACAUUUGCAGCAAAAAUUUGGACAUUGGAUUUGCUUUGCUAUAGUCUUGUUCUUUUAAGUAAUAACUAAUUAUUCACUGAAUUUUGUCUUAUUUUAAGUCUUCAUUUUGAAGUAAGCUUUAAUGGAAAUCAAAUGUAUUUAAAUGAGUAUAUUUAUAUGUUACUAUUCUGUAAAUUAAUUUAUAUUUUCACAAAACUGCAAAAAUGCUUUUCCUAUAGUAAUGGAAAUUCAGCCUUCAAAUAAGUUAAUUUAUAAAAUAUUUACCCUUGUUUCUGUUUUUAUUUUAUUUUUUAAGAGAAAUACUCUUUCGGGUUUAUUCAAUAAACAUGGAGUAAAGUGCAAAGUACAGUAUCUAUAACAGGGGUGGCAAACUCAAAUUCAUCGGGGGCCACAUUAGCAGUAUGGUUGCCCUCAAAGGGCCGGUUGUAUCUGUAGGACUAUGUGUCCACUAUUUAUUAUCAUAAAUGAAUUUUGUCUUAUUUUAAGUCUUCAUUUUGAAGUAAGCUUUAAUGGAAAUCAAAUGUAUUUAAAUGAGUAUAUUUAUAUGUUACUAUUCUGUAAAUUAAUUUAUUUUUUCACAAACUGCAAAAAUGCUUUUCCUGUAGUAAUGGAAAUUCAGCCUUUAAAUAAGUUAAUUUAUAAAAUAUUUACCCUUG